AUGUCAAAAGUUAAUAAUUCACAUUCAAGUUCACUAUCUGAAGAAGAACAGUCUAACUGCAUAUCUAUCAUUCAACAAAAAAUUGUUCUUAAAAAUGAACCUUGUGAAGUAAUAGAAUUAGUAAAUAAUCUUAUUCUUGAAUUUGGUGAAGUACGAACUACAAAAUGCAUAGAUCUUUUAUGGAAUUCUUCAGUCAAUACUAGGGCUAAAACUAUCCCAUAUCUGCAAAAUUGUUUUAUACUGUUUCAAAUAGCAAAUUUGAAGCACAAAUUUCUAUACCUAAAUUAUAAAUAUUCUCCAAUUAGAAAUAAAAGCAAAAAAUAUAAAAAGUCAAAUAAUACUUCUUAUAAGCAGCAACCUCUAUUGGAAGCUAAUGAUAUCAUCAAAUCCAGGAAAAUUGAGUCAAACAAAAAUACUAAACUGUUAGAGAUAAAAGAAACUCAAGCUUUAUCAGACUAUAAUGAUUGCCAAAAUAAUUCAACAACCCCUAAUUUAUUUAUCGAACCUCCCUUAUCAUUAUAUA